UCAUUAACUGUAAAAUCACAACAAAAAAGCAGCAACACAUAUUAGAAUACCAUGGUUUAUCAAAGACUAGGUAAUUACAUGGCAGAAAAAAAAUGAUUCGUUCAAGAUAAUCCUCGCACGUCAUUCUUUUUUUGGUGUGAAUAUUAUGAAGGGAUAUUGUAAUCCACAAGCCAAACGAAGCAAAGUUGAUGAUAAAGAUGGACACAGAAACCGACGCAACUUCAUCACACAUGAUCCCCGAUACCGAAACAUCGUCGUACCUCCCACCGUCAAUGCUGUAUAAACGGGUGAACUGGGACGUAUUCCUAAGCUUCAGAGGGGAGGACACACGCCAUAUAUUCACAACACCAUUACGUGACACCCUAAAAACAAAGGGUCUUAGACCCUUCAUGGACGACGAAGGCAUGGAAAGAGGUGAUACUAUACAGCCAAGUUUAGACGAAGCUAUCGUCGACUCGGCUUUAGCCGUGGCGAUCAUAUCUCCUAGGUAUGCUGAUUCACGGUGGUGCCUCGAUGAACUUGCAAGGAUCUUCGAGUGCCGUAAACGGGUUAUACCUGUUUUCUACAAGGUUCACCCGUCUGAUGUGAGGAAGCAGCGAGGGGUGUUUGGUAUGGGGUUUCAGGAGAUGUUGGGGGACUCUAACAGGUUUAGUGAAGCUCAAGUUAAGAAAUGGAGAUGGGCAAUGGAAAAUAUCGGUAAUAUUUCUGGUUAUAUUUAUGAUCAAGCAGACUCGACUGACGAGAGUUUUACCAGUGAUGAAGCUAAAGAAGUUAUACGACGCAUAGUCACACAAGUCUGGAAUGAGUUAAAGAACACUCCAGAAUAUGUAGUGAAGCUUGCAGUUGGUCUGGAUUCUCGUGUAGAUAAAGUGGUGGGAAAAUUGAAUCUUCAGGCUCAAGGUGCUCGUUUUCUGGGUAUCCAUGGAACUCCAGGAAUAGGCAAGACAACCUUAGCCAAAGCUGUGUACAAUAAGCUGGCUGUUAAGUUUAAAAACCGCUGUUUCAUUUCUAAUGUCAGAGAGAAAAUAGCUACUGAAGAAGGCUUUUUAACUGUUCAGGAAGAACUUCUAAAAGAUCUUUCCUUAGGGAAAGUACAAUUGGUGGUGAAACAAGUGGAUGAAGGCAAAAAAGCCAUCAAGAGAUUUGUUGAAGAGACUCGAGUUUUAGUGGUGAUAGACGAUGUCUUUGAGGCAGGACAGCUUGAAAAUCUCGGCAUUGUCAGAGAAUGGUUCAAAGAAGGGAGCAUGAUAAUUGUUACAAGUAGGAAUGUAGACGCGUUACUUCAUUCUGCGUGUAACGAUGAGCUGUAUGAAGCCCAGAAACUGGAUGAAUCCGAAGCAUUAGAAUUGUUUAGCAUACAUGCUUUAGGAAGAAGAGAACCUACAAAUGAGUUUAGGGAUGUUUCAAAAAAAAUUGUGUCUCUAACAGGUGGACUUCCUCUGGCAUUGGAAGUGUUUGGUUCAUCUUUAGUUAAGAAGACAAUAAAGGUCUGGGAGGACGCGAUCUCUAAAUUUGGAGUCACUCGACCACCUAGUAUUCAAGACGUACUAAAAUUUAGCUAUGAUAGUCUAGAUCACCAAGAGAAAAUUGUAUUCCUUGACAUCUCAUGUUUGUUGCUUCAAAUGAACAUGGAUAGAGAGGAUGUAGUGGAUAUACUAGCGGGUUGUGACUUAGGAGCCGACUUAGCUAUUGAUAAUCUUGUCACAAAAUCACUCAUGAAGAUAAUAGAAGGUAAAUUGUGGAUGCAUGAUCAAAUUCGGGACAUGGGAAGGCAGAUUGUCACAGAGAAAGUUGAUGAUCCUGAGAAGCUGAGGAGGUUGUGGGACGCUAAGGAUAUAAUGCGUGUCUUUCGUAAUAAAAAGGCAAGAGAAGAUGUAAGAGGGAUGAUUCUGGACAUCAAAAAGCCUCAAGAUUUUACUGACGAAAUGAUUUAUUGGUACCACUUCAGAAGGCAUCCUAGUAUGACUACUUUCAUCAGGUACUUGGCAAAAAUGUUCAAGGGACUACUUACUUCAUGGCACAAAACUGAGAAGGAUGAUAAUUCCAUUCUUCAUGCAAGAUAUUUUGAGAAUAUGGUGCAGCUAAAACUACUUCAAAUGAAUUAUGCAAAACUGCAAGGAGAUUUCAGAUGUAUGCCUUCAGAGCUAAGGUGGUUGCAAUGGAAAGGAUGUCCUCAAAAGAUUCGUCCAUUUAAUAUACCAGAAGAACUUCGUGUGCUUGAUCUCUCAAGAAGUAAUAUUGAUCGUUUGUGGAGCUCAGAUUAUUCCUGUUGGGGUUUCAACAAGGUGGUUGGGAACUUGGUGGUGGUAGACCUCUCUUACUGCCCUAGACUAACUGCUCUUCCUGACAUGUCUGGCCAUAAACACUUGAAAAAGCUUACACUCGAGUAUUGUGUAGGACUGACUAAGAUUCAUCCAUCAAUUGGAAAUAUGAGCUCUCUUGUUCGCUUAAACCUACAAGGUUGCUCAAACUUGCUUGAUUUUCCAAGAGAUGUAUCAGGUAUGAAAAGUCUAAAGGAGUUGAUUUUAUCCGAUUGCUCAAAAUUCAGAGAACUACCUCAAGAUGUUCGAAGCAUGACUUCCUUGAACCAAUUGUUUCUCGAUAGAACAGCAAUAACUAAGCUGCCUGAAUAUCUAUUUAGCCUUACACAGCUUGAAAUGCUCAGUCUAAAUGGUUGUCCUCUGUUAACAAGCCUACCUGAAUGCAUAGGGUCUCUACUUUCUUUGAAAGAGCUUAUUUUAUCUGCUACUGCACUAGAUAAUAUACCAUCUUCUGUUGGAUCUUUGACACACCUCGAAAAACUAAAUUUAAUGCACUGUCACAAACUUAUUGCCCUUCCCGAUUCUAUUGGAAACCUCAAAUCCUUGACGGAGCUUUACCUUAAUACCAGUUCAAUCAAGCAAUUUCCAGCAUCUAUCUGCUCACUGAAGUCUCUUAGAGUCUUAUUACUUGGGGGAUGUCGUUCUCUUCUUAAUAUGCCCGUCUCAGUAGGAGGGUUAGCUUCCAUUAUUGAGCUUGAGUUAAAUAACACGGACAUAAAAAUACUACCAGACGAGAUAUGUUCCUUGAAGCUCUUGGAGAAACUUCGAAUGUCUAAUUGCACUUUACUUGAAAAACUACCAGAUUUAGUGGGUAAGAUUUCAAAUCUUAUCAUUCUAUCUGUUGAAGGUGCUGCCAUAACACAACUGCCAAAGUCGAUAGUGGAGUUGGAAAAUCUUACAUGGUUAAACUUGAACAAGUGCCGAAAGCUAAGCAGCCUGCCAAAUGACAUAGGAAGAUUGAAGUCUUUGCGUAUACUUAUGAUGGAGGACACUGCUGUCACGUGCUUACCUGAAAGCUUUGGUUCACUUGAUGAGUUGAGGACAUUGAAACUGAAGAAGUCUAGCAAUGACCUCCCCAAGCUUAGCGCGCUUCCUAAUUCAUUUUGUAAGCUAUCUAAUUUGGAAGAAUUUAGUGCUCGGGCAUGUGGAGUUUCUGGUCAAAUACGUGAUGAUUUUGUUGAGUUGUCUAAGAUGGAGACUUUGGAUCUUGGAUACAAUAGUUUCCACAAACUCCCUUCCACUUUAGAGGGUCUAUCUGUUCUAACACAGCUAAAGUUGCGUCAUUGCGAAAAGCUGAGGUUUCUGCCUCAACUUCCUUCAACUUUAGUGGAGCUAGAUGCUGCAGAUUGUUAUUCACUUGAAAGUAUAUACAACCUUUCAAAGCUUGAAAGGUUGGAAGAGUUAGAACUUGCAAACUGCAACCAGAUCAAGGAUGUGCCGGGUCUUGAAUGCUUAAAGUCUUUGAGAAGGUUGUUUAUGGGUGGCUGUAAUGCAAGACCAUCAAAAGUCAGGAGAAGACUAAGCAAGGUUGCUUUGAGGAAUUUGAACAAUUUGAGUAUUCCUGGGAGUGAAAUUCCUGGGUGGUUUUCUCAAAAAGCAGUGAAUUUCACAGCUCAUCCAAACCUCGCUAUCAAAAGUGUACUUGUUUCCGUUGUUGUCUCAGUUGACAUCCAGGUACUAGAUGACAUGCGAGCUCAACUACCUAGCAUCGUUGAUAUUCAGGCUAGCAUUGUCAGACUGGAUGAAAGCAUCUUCUACACUACAUUGAUUUUAAUGGGAAUUCCGUGCACACGAGAAGAACAAUUUUACUUGUGUAGAUUCAAAGAAUAUCAUCCUUUAUCAUCUUUAUUAAGAGAUGGUGAUAUAAUACAGGUGGGGUUGAGAUAUGGGACUAUCCCUGGCAUUGAGCUGUUGAAGUGGGGAAUUCAUCUUGUCUUUGAAAAUGAUGAUGAUUAUAAUGGUGAUGAGGACUCGUUGCAAUUGACCGAGAGUCAGCAAUCUGUAUCCCAAAGAUUGGUUAGGUUUUUCCAGUCACAGGAUUAAAACUGAAAUAGUAUCUUAUAGUUCUGGAUUGUGGAAGAUUGAAUCACAGUCCAUCUUUAAUCUUCUUAUGUUAUUGUAUUUGAAAUGACUAGCUACAUUGCUUGAUUUCUUUAUAUGCCAUUGAUCUGUUUAUGA